CCUACUUUUUGUUGGGACCAGUGAAGGAAAAAAAAACCCAUCCCGCAUCGGCGAGGCGGAGAAACAGACAAAAACAAGAAGAAAGACGGAAGGGGAGACGUGCAACGAGCCAUGGGGACGGAGGAGCUUUCCGUUUAGUCGCCUAACAAUGCAAGCGGGCGUGCUUUCUCCGUGAAUUCCUACGAGGAGGCUUUAGUGUGGUACUCUCACUCUUCCCCUCUCCCAUCAUGCUGAGUUUCCUGCGCAGGACGCUGGGCCGGCGCUCCAUCCGCAAACAUGCAGAGAAAGCUCGGCUACGAGAGGCCCAGCGGGCCACGACACACAUCCCCGCUGCCGGGGACGCCAAGUCCAUCAUCACCUGCCGCGUGUCCUUAUUGGACGGGACGGACGUCAGCGUCGACCUGCCGAAAAAAGCCAAAGGUGAGGAACUAUUCGAGCAGAUCAUGUAUCACUUGGAUAUCGUCGAGAAAGACUACUUCGGACUGCGUUUUAUGGACUCUGCACAAGUUCCGCACUGGCUUGAUGUCACAAAAAGUAUUAAAAAACAAGUAAAAAUCGGCCCACCGUACUGCCUUCACAUGAGAGUCAAGUUCUACUCCUCAGAGCCCAACAACCUCCACGAGGAGCUCACCAGAUACCUGUUUGUUUUACAGUUGAAGCAAGACAUCCUCAGUGGCAAGUUGGAGUGUUCGUUUGAGACAGCGGUGGAGUUGGCCGCCUUCUCACUACAGGCUGAGAUGGGGGACUGCGAUCCAUUAGAGCAUAAUCUGGACCUGGUGUCUGAAUUUCGCUUCGUCCCCAACCAGACAGAAGACGUGGAGCUGGCUAUAUAUAACAUGUGGAAGGACUGCAGAGGUCAGACACCGGCUCAAGCUGAGAUUAACUACCUGAACAAAGCCAAGUGGCUGGAGAUGUAUGGCGUGGACAUGCACAUGGUCAAGGCUAGAGAUGGUAAUGAGUACAGUCUGGGUCUGACUCCCACUGGAGUCCUGGUGUUCGAAGGACAAACCAAGAUCGGGCUCUUCUUCUGGCCCAAAAUCACUCGUUUGGAUUUCAAGAAAAGCAAGCUGACGCUGGUGGUGGUGGAGGAUGACGAACAGGGCAAAGAGCAGGAACACACGUUCGUCUUCAGGAUGGACCAUCCGAAGGCCUGCAAGCAUCUGUGGAAGUGCGCCGUGGAGCACCACGCUUUCUUCAGGCUGAGAGGGCCGGUACAGAAGAACUCCGCUCGCUCCGGAUUCAUCCGCAUGGGAUCCCGCUUCAGAUACAGUGGAAAGACGGAGUAUCAGACGACCAAGGCCAAUAAAGCCAGGAGGUCGGCCUCGUUUGAGAGGAGACCCAGUCGACGUUACUCCAGGAGAACCAUGCAGAACAGAGGCCAUUACCACCCCCAGGAGGUUUUGUCCUCGGGUAAUGGAGUCAGCUCCAGCAAAGACAGCAAGGUGGCUCCCAGCCGAGGUGCCUGGUCGGCGAUGCCCGUGGUGGGCCCGGUAGCUGCUGCUGCCUGCGGACCAAUGGAAAUCGAGGCUCUGCCCCGGAGUCCCGGAGGAGAAAAAAGAAGUCUGCCUGCGGUGGCUGACCUGAUGGAGACGUGCAUCGACGAUGUCCUCAGGACGCCCGUCGUCCCAUCAGCACCGGCGCCAGAGGAGGCCGGACCCAGCGGGGCCUACGCCGCGGCCGGCGGCGCUGCGGAGGAUCCGCUCAGUCUCUCUGAAGCAGCAGCUCGUCUGAAACAGCUGGAGCUGGAGAGCAGUCCACUUCCUCCGACGCCACGAAAUAAUGUCAACGUUAAUGUGGCGAUGAAUAAUCUGGAGGACGUGGUGAAGCUGACAGAGAAGUGUGUCCUGAACAGCGCCGGCAGCAGUCCGGUGGUUACUCCGCUGCGCACCCCGGAGGAUCUGAAGAGCAACAUCCUGAAAGCUCAAGCUGAGGCCGCUGCCCUCAAGACUCCUUUGGAGGACCAUGCUGUAUCAGCUGGAGAUAAAAACUGCAACCUGCAGGAGGCUUCCGCCAGGCUGAAGGCUCGGACCGGCCGCAUGGGCAGUAACUCCUCUCUUUCCGUGAGCGGCCGGCCUGACGUGCAGGACUCCUGGGACCUGCUGAAGCCCGCCUCGCUGGUCUCGUCCGCAGGGACCAGUGCUGAGAGGUUAACCGAAGAUUUAAACCCCGCUCUUCCCAUGAUGCCCUUGGAGUGUGCCAGCGAGGUCUUGGCGCCGAAGGUUAAAGUGGAAGAAGUGGAGCUGUCAACCAGAGCCUCACUCUCCGACAACCUCAUCGACUUCAGCGAUCCGACCCCCGUGCUCCCACAGGUGCAGCAGGCCAAACCUCUGAUCACCCCCCGCUGGAUCAUUCCCACCACCGCUCCUCCCGGCGUCUUUACUAACGGCCUGCUCGACCUUGACCCCCCUGCUAAGGUCACCCCGCUCCUCCCCGCCGACGGGGCCGCAGCUCUCACGCCAGCCCUCCCCCACCUCGCCCACACCCGUAACGCCGCCUCCGCCAGCACUGUGGCUCAGCCGCCGGCCUCGGAGGAUGGAGCCAAACCCAGAGGUCUCUUGACCACUGAGCUCUGAUGCAGAAGCGAGCCUCCACCCAUCCACCCACCGUCAGAACAUUCCUCCUCCGCCUCCCCAGAGCUGAGCGCGGUGGGGGGAGCGGAGAGGAGGCAGCUCACGUCUUCACUCCUAAACACACUAAGAACACACACCAACAGCUCGUCAGAAGUGUUUUCUAAAGCCAACACUUACCACCAGAGUAACAUCCGUGACGUUCCUAACCCCUGAGCUACGUUGUUUAGUGACCUGCCGCUUCCGCCAGCGGAGGAAUACUGGAAGUCUUAUCUGAGGAAAUCGUCGUCUCUUGAAAACAUGGACUCAAAGUGGGAUUAUUGUAGCUCGUCUCUUUGUAGUGCCGCCACAUCUCCGUCGCUGUAACUCUGUCUUAUCACUGGAUCUCUGCAGCCGCACACUGGACGAAGGACCAAACGGUCUGUUGAAGAACGAGACGUUAAGUUAAGCAGCCUUCUGCUGGAGCCGAGACGGCCUCUUACUGCCACUGGAUUAUCUCUGCAACACUGGACCUUGAAGGAAUAACUGGCUACGGACGGUGAUACUGUUAUUUUUUAAUUGUUUUUAUGAUCCUAUUCUUACCUCCAUUUUUUUUUGUUUGUUUUUAUUGUUUUAAUUUGCCCAUUACUGGACUUCAUAUGGACUUAACUGAACACCACUAAUUUUAAUUUUGAACCCUUCGUCUUUCGGUAACUCCAGAUGCAUCGUAUCGUACGAGACACUCUUAUUUUUGUUGAUUUGUUCUCACACUGUUAGAUUGUCUUCAGUCACGUGGGAUUGAUUGGCCGUUUCAUUGCCAAAAGUGACGCCAGCUCAGUUUCUGUUUGACACACUGUGAUCAGAACAUUCCUUAAAAAAAUGAUGUAGCUCCUGCCCUGCCUUAUGGAAAUGAAUGUACUCGUCUAAAUACGCUGGAGAGGAAGCAGUAUGAACAAGAGCAGAAGAAAAGAAGAAAAGGUUUGGACUCCUACACUUGUUUUACAUCGACUCUUAAAUGCUAGAAUGCUAGACCUCAGACGUCAUCCCGUUUCUCCAGGUGAACAUGUGAGUUAUUUUUCUGUGUAGCUGAACGAUGAUUUCAUGAAGGAGCUGGAUGUUUCUACAGUGAAAAGUAUUUAUCUUCUACGCUGUACCCGUUAGAGUGGGACAUGCUGUCCAAACGUGUUGUAGCAUUCGAGUAUUUUCAGUAUUCGGGCGUCAGCCGUCUGUAGAUAUGAAGUAGAUUUAUUUUUUUUUUUUUCUUUAUUGGGAAAGUCUGUCGGCCCAGUAGUUUCUACAUCCUGUGGGGAGUUUCAGCCUCAAGGUGUUUUUCUAAUUACAGAAGAAGUAGACGACGUGUUACUGAUCAGACCGACCGGAACAACAACAGCAGGGAUCGUCAAGUCUCAAAUGCAAUUUUAUAUAAACUUUAAUUUUUGGCUGGAACACCUGAUCAUCAUGACUCAGUAAAGCUUCACUACAGUACAAACAAGUCCAUU